AUGAUUCCUCUGUUCUUUUUGGUUGUCUGUUUGGAGGGUUUAGCAGCGUUUCUUUUAGUUGUGAAAAUUGGGCCAUUAAGGGAACUGGUAAUUAAGGGCUUAGAUCAAGUGACAACGAGAAGGGCUACGGUUUUAACUAUUGCUGGCACUAUAUUUGUUAUCCUUUUGUCGAAUUUGUUUAGUAUACUCAAGAUACAGAACAAGGGUGCCAAGCAUGGUACAAUGACACCUAUGGAUCAAGUUCUGUGGAGGACCAACUUGUUAGAGGCUACUUUAAUGGGAUUUUCUCUUUUUCUCGGCUUUUUAAUCGAACGCAUACACCAUUACAUGAAGAAGCUGAUCAUGAUAAGGAGCAAAACAGGAGUCUCAAAGCAAGAAUUUGAGAGGCUGGAGAAAGAGAAGUCGGAGCUCAAGGAGAAGGAAGAAAAGGCUGGUGUAGAAAUUAAGCGACUGAAGAAGGAAUUAUCUUCUGCAACCGAGAAUUUGAAUAAGCUCAAGUUGGACUUAGCCAAAAAGGACAAGCAAGUGGAAACUGCUGAAGCUCAUGUCUCUGCUCUUCAGAAACAAGCUGCGGAUCUGCUUCUAGAAUACGAUCGACUAUUGGAAGAUAACCAAAAUCUUCAGAACCUUGGAUGUCGUUAG